AUGGAGGAGCUGGCGGAGCAUGGUAUUUCCUUGCCUUACAAUAUGCAAGGACUGACAGAGGAGCAAAUUGAGGAGCUGAAGUUAAAGGAUGAGUGGGCAGAGAAGUGUGUCCCGAGUGGUGGAAGCGUUUUCAGGAAGGAUGAAAUUGGCCGAAGAAAUGGUCAUGCUCCAAAUAAAAAAAUGCAGCAGGUUAUAAAGAAGACAAUAGAGGAAGCCAAGGCAGUAAUCUCUAAGAAACAAGUUCAGGCCAAUGUGUGUGUUACUCUGGAGAUGGUGCAGGAUGCCUUGGAGCAGCUCCGAGGGGCUGUGAUGAUUGUGUAUCCCAUGGGAUUGCCUCCACAUGACCCAAUUAGGAUGGAGUUUGAAGAUAAAGAAGACCUGUCAGGAACUCAUGCUGGACUUGAAGUUAUAAAGGAAUCAGAAGCACAGUUGUGGUGGGCAGGAAAGCAGCUGCAAGAAACAAAGUUGCUCUCUGACUAUGUAGGCAAAAAUGAGAAAACAACGAUCAUUGUCAAGAUCCAGAAAAAAGGACAAGGAGCUCCAGGGCGUGAGCCUCUGGUUAGUCAUGAAGAGCAAAAAGAGAUGAUGCUGUAUUACUACAGAAAGCAGGAGGAGCUGAAGAAGCUGGAGGAGGAUGACAACGACUCCUUUCUAAAUGCUGAGUGGGCAGACAGCCAUGCUUUGAAAAGGCAGUUUCAUGGUGUAAAAGACAUCAAAUGGGGUCCAAGAUGAAGCCCUGCAAACCCCUUUUUAAGGUGUUUGUUUGGUAGUCUUGUUUGCAGUGAGGAGUUGUGUGUGGUAGAUUCUGCUGGCAGAAGCUGAAAUUGUCACUUCCGUGGCCUUAGAUGUUCAAGAAAUGUUCACAUUUCUCUGUAACUGCAGCAGCACUUGUCUCUGCAAAGAACUGAACCAAUUCUUGUGAAGUUUGGUAUUUUAUUAGAAACUUGUAACUAGAAAUGUUAACCAAUUUCAGAGAUGAUAGAUCUAGUAAAUAUGCACUGGAGUGUU